CCCUAAACAUUGAAGGUUAAAAGAUCAUUUAGCCUUAUAUAAUGGAACUACGUUUGAUGUCUUUGUAAAGAAGUAGAGAGGAUACAGAAAUGAAGCACUUUAGCCAUGAGCAUGAACUAGUCUUGAAUGAGACUUACAUUGCUAAGGAGGGUGAUGUAUGUCGUGGCUGCAACGAUCAAAUAGUCUCCUGCAAAUCAUUUGUUUACAGUUGCGGCCGCAGCAGCAGCAUCACCACCGCGAGCACCAGUAGUACUAAUGCCAGCGCUACUGUGGAUAGUGGAUGUCAUUUCUUACUCCACAAGACCUGUGCAGAAUUACCCCGCGAAUUGGACGUGAAACUCCUCAAAAGCUGUGAUGAUUUUCCUAAAACACUUUUACCUCCACGCAAAUUUCUUUACCUCCUCCGCUCACCCAUUCUACCAUAUAGGAAUAAAAAUCCUCUUUCCCAAUGGUCGAAUAUGUGUGCCUUAUGCGGCAUAAAAUGGAAGUGGUUCUGCUAUAGUGUUUCUAGAAAUAUUUUCGAGUUUUUUUUUUUUAAUGAAAGUCAUUUCUUUGUUUGCAUUAAAUGUGCUAUUUACCUUUUUCAGUCUGUUGAGGAUGAAAAGUUUCACCAUCCAGUUCACAAUCAUCAUCCAUUAGCCCGAAUCCAGAGUCCGUCCUCGUUCAAGUGUCAUGCUUGCAGAGUCGAGGAUGAUAUCAAAGACUUGUCUUAUAAAUGCACCAAAUGUCCGUUUUGGGUUCACAAGAGUUGCGCGGAUGCUCCUACUUCUUUCCCAUUUCAAUUCCAUGAUAAACACCCUCUUCACCUCACACUUACUCUCCCAAAAGUUUAUCACAAAUAUUCCCAGUAUUGCAAACUCUGCCAUGAAACACUAAACAGAGUAAAUUGGCUUUAUUAUUGCCCCAAAUGCAGAUUUUUCGUCCAUUUCCAUUGUGCUAGAUCAAAUCGACUGUUGAGCUCCGGUGAAAAUGAUACAUACCCCAAUUUGGUGCACCUCCCGACAACUGAUGAAGUGUCGUUAGUUGAGCAUUUUGUCAAAGCUAUGAAUACUUUGGACCAUAGUAGCAACAGUGGCAUCAAGGAUUGGGCUCAUGAUGAACAUCAUCUAAAAUUAAUUACUUUUAAUGAGCUGCAUGAUCACGAAGGUAUUGAUGAGUUGUUCUGUGGUGGUUGUGUCAAACCCAUCCGAACUGAUGGUGAGCUGUUUUACGGUUGUAUAAUUUGUAAAUACUUUCUGCACAAGAUCUGUGCAGAGUUACCCACAGAGAUUGAGCACCACCUUUGGCCAGGAAAGAAGUUUUUUGCAUUCAAGUGCAGUCAAUUAGCGGACGACCUCAAAUGUGAUGUUUGUGGAGAUUUCUGCAAUGGUAUAGUCUUCGGAGAUUCUAGUAUAAAUUCAGAUUCACCAAAAAUAAAGCUUCAUAUUAGAUGUGCUCUGCUACCAAGAAUGAUCAAACAUGAAGCUCACCCUCACCAACUUACUCAACUUGAAACGCCUUAUUAUUGUCGUUGCAAAGCAUGCGGACAAGAAUAUAAUGAACAUAAACACGGCUGCAAAAAUUGUGAUUUCUAUGUAUGUGGAAGUUGUAUUAUGCAGGCAAGAACAGUUGAACACCGCUGGGAUCCUCACCCCCUUCAAUUGAUAUACGAUCCCAGCAUGGUCAUGGAUCAUGAACACGAGUUCAAUUGUGAGCUUUGCUCGGAUGAUAUAAACACAAAUUAUUGGUUCUAUCAUUGCAGUGAGUGUGAUCUUUCAUUUCACAAGAGUUGUGCUACUAAUAACUUGAACCAAUUACAAUUUAUUCACCACCAUGACCACCCUCUUAACCUAUCUUGUUCUCUUCCAAAUAAUUAUCGUGGAUCGUAUCACCUCUGCGACACCUGCGACACAAUAUUGUAUAUGUUCCAAUGGAUUUGCUACUGUGGCAAAUGUAAUUUUUUUGUGCAUCUCAGCUGUGCUCUCAAUCCAGAAAGAUAUUCCAGGUACGUUGAUGGAAAGGGGUGGGUCGUCUAACUGUUGCACAAGUCUCGCCCUACCCUAGAAAUUUCAAAAUCAUCUAUAUACAAAUUUGAAGAACAUGCCAGAGUGUAAUCAGGGCUCCCUACCAGCUGUUGUUUCAUAUUUACUGUAGUAGUUUGUAGUUAAUUAUGUAACACUCUUCAUAGUUAUGCUUGCUUGUUAAUAUUGUUAACACUAUAACUAUUUCUUGCAUCUUUUAUUUUUAUAAUAAGGCAGUUUAGAUUUC